AUGCGUCUCACCAAGACGGACCUCAGCGUCGCGCUGCUCGCGUCGGCCCUACCCGCAACCCAGGCGGCGUGCAGCCUCCCCUCGUCCUACCGGUGGACGUCGACGGGCGCGUUGGCUCAGCCCAAAUCGGGGUGGGCUAACCUCAAGGACUUCACCCACGUGCCUUACAACGGCAAGCACCUUGUGUACGGGAGCUACUACUCUAACGCCUACGGCUCAAUGAACUUCGGCCUCUUCUCGGACUGGAGCGAGAUGGGCUCGGCCAGCCAGAACCAGAUGAGCCAGGCCGCGGUCGCGCCCACGCUCUUCUACUUCUCCCCAAAGAACAUCUGGGUCCUGGCCUACCAGUGGGGUGCCACCCCUUUCUCCUACCGCACCUCGACCGAUCCGACCAACCCCAACGGCUGGUCCGCUCCCCAGCCGCUCUUCUCGGGCUCCAUCUCCGACUCGGACACGGGCCCCAUCGACCAGACCCUGAUCGGCGACGACAAGAACAUGUACCUGUUCUUCGCCGGCGACAACGGCAAGAUCUACCGCGCCAGCAUGCCGCUCGGCAACUUCCCGGGCAACUUUGGCUCGGCCGCCACCGUCGUCCUGAGCGGCGCCCGCUACGACCUGUUCGAGGCCGUGCAGGUAUACACGGUCGUCGGCCAGAGCUCGCCGACCUAUCUGAUGAUCGUCGAGUCCAUCGGCGCGCGCGGGCGCUACUUCCGCUCCUACACGGCCAGCCGGCUCGACGGCGCCUGGACGGCCCAGGCGGCCAGCGAGAGCCAGCCGUUCGCCGGCGCGGCCAACAGCGGCGCCUCCUGGACCAGCGACAUCAGCCACGGCGACCUCAUCCGCAUCGACGCCAACCACACCAUGCCCGUCGACCCCUGCCGCCUCCAGCUGCUCUACCAGGGCCGCUCCGGCGACAGCGCCGACUACAACUCCCUCCCCUACCGCCCGGGCCUGCUCACCCUGCAGGGCGCUUCUUCCGGCGGCGGCGACAACGGCGGCGGCGGCGGCGGCGUAACCGUCCCCCGGUACGGCCAGUGCGGUGGCCAGGGCUACACGGGGCCGACAACGUGCGAGAGCCCAUACACGUGCAAGUACCAGAAUGAUUGGUACUCCCAAUGCCUCUGA